ACUGGUAUAGGUGAUGUAAUUUGAACAGUUGGUCUGUUGGCGACGGGUAUAGGUGAUGCAGUUUGAACAGACUGUGCAGUGAUAAUAGGUAUGCGUAAUGGUGAUCUAAUUUGAGUGUCCUGUCAUUUGAACACGCAGCUAAACAAUGUUUAGAAUACAUGUGUAUGCUUGGUGUGAGAAUAUAAAUAGAAAUUAGAAAGGUGUGAGUUUUAAUUCCUGAGUUUGGAAUUAUUGGCAAGAGAGUACAGGGUGUCAGGUUGUGAUGAGGUUCCGAAUGAUGUCCCCGGGGCACGUCGUAAGUUCCCCUCCUAGUUGCUGGCACAGGCACAUGCAGAUUCAGAUUUGAUGGUCAAUCUAGGUUAAGAUUUUUAUAGCUGCUUUCUCACAGGUUGGACAAGGCAGGCACCAAAUGCUUAUUGACCAUGGAUUGUUUUAAGGUCGAAAACCGGUUCUGAACCCGGACAGAUUUUCGAGCCAAGUGUGAACGUAGCAGAUUUCCAGGAUCAUCUGUAAGGAGAAGCUGAGUGAGGAAACAGGGCCCAGUUAGGUCGCAGGCCAGUGAAUUCGCCUCAUGCAUAUCUGCCACAAUACAUACAGACGGAUACGCUCCACGUACAAAGCCUUUGGAUACCGGACAUAAAAGUUUAUAGUACUGGGUAUGCCCCGCAGUAAGAGCAGUAUAGUGCGGAUAGCUCCAUAGCUACUACAGGUGGUUCAAGACACUUAUAUGCACGGUUAAACGUGGACGCCAUGUCGUACAAACUCCAGGUGUACACGGGGGACAGACCAGGGGCAGGAACCGACGCCAACAUCAAAAUACUGUUUUACGAUGACUGUGGAACUAAGACACCGGAGUUUAAACUCGACACAUUUUUCAGGAACGACUUCGAGAGAGGCGGGAUGGAUGAAUUCACCGUCAAGUUGCCUAGUGAACUGCAGUUUGGGUGCGUGAAGAAAAUCGAGUUCUGGAGAGACUCGGUGGGCCUGGGGUCUUCUUGGUACCUGGACAGAAUCUCGGUGAUAGAUGAAGCCCGUACAUAUGUGUACGAGUUCCCUGUGUUCCGUUGGAUUAGGACCGACCACCAUUACGUCAUCGAGCAUCUGGACACCUCGCUCCCGCAGUUUGAUGAACAAAAGGAACAACGGCAAAUGGAACUGGAGGAGAAAAGAGAACUCUACAAACUCAAAGUGAAAGUCCCCGGAUUACCUAUCCAGGUUGAUCAGAUUCCCUCAGAUGAAAACUUUUCUACGGAAUACAGGUGGGACAUGAAGAAGCUGAAGUAUAAGCUAGCUCUGGAUACGCUUAUCGUGAGGGUGAAGUCCGGGAAAUGGACAGAUCUGGAAUCUCUCAAGAACAUAUACGUCACUCAUCAUUUGCCAAAGCCAGAGGCGACCGAGACGUGGAGAGAAGACAGCCAUUUUGGGGAUCAGAGAGUUUCUGGGGUCAAUCCUGUUAUGAUUAAACUCUGCACACACAUCCCCGAAAAAUUCGGAGUCACCGAAGAAAUGGUGAAACCUUUUCUGGAAGGUUUAACGUUGAACGAAGCAAUCCAGCAAAAUCGACUGUUUAUCGUCGAUCUGAAGAUAAAUGAAGAUGUGCCUUGUCAGAAUGACUCCUUCGUGCUGUGUUCGCCUAUAGCACUGUUCUUCGAGACUUCCUGCAAGCAGCUGAUGCCUAUUGCCAUACAACUAUUCCAGAGCAAACUAGAACCUGGCAACCCGGUAUUUUUACCAUCCGAUCCGCCCAUGACCUGGCUGCUCGCCAAAAUGUGGUACAACAACGCCGACUCGGCUGUUCAUCAGGCUCUCACACAUCUGGGUUUGACUCACUUGAUUAUGGAGGGUAUAGCUGCCAUUACUCACCGGAACUUGUCCCCGACUCACCCCAUCUUCAAACUGCUUGCCCCACACUUCUUGUAUCUCAUCGCCAUCAACACACUGGGACUCCAAGCUCUGAUAAACGAAGGUGGAUGGGUGGAUUCUGUUCAAGGAAUUGGAAUCAAAGGAACAUUCUUCCUCAUCGCUAAAGGUGUGAAGACAUGGCGCAUGGAUGUGGAAGGGACCAUUCCAGAGGAAUUAAGACAAAGAGGGGUACGAACAGAUGGGAGUUCUUCCUUUUUUUCGGAAGAUUUUAAAAAUUGCUGGACGACAAGAUCCUCUCGUAUUAUCCGUACCGCGAUGAUGUUAUGCUGCUGUACGAUGCCAUCCACUCUUAUGUUAAGAGCAUAGUGAACUUGUAUUACGGUGAGUAUGUGUGUGGGUGAGGAGAGG